AUGGUGUUAGUUGAUCAAGGCAGUGCCGUGGAGGUAAUGUACCCUGAUUUAUACAAGGGGCUGAACUUGAAGCCAGAAGACUUGUCGCCAUACGAUUCCCCUCUGGUCAGCUUUGAAGGAAAAAUCGUCACCCCAAAAGGCAUGAUAAGGCUGCCUGUGCAAACAGACUCGGACGUAGUAGAGGUGAACUUCAUUGUCGUAGAUGCGUACUCUCCCUACACCGUUAUCGUGGCCCGGCCGUGGCUUCACGCACUAGGGGCUGUGCCAUCAACCUUGCACCAAAAAGUGAAGUAUCCGUCGGGAAGCCAAAUCAAAGAAAUAAUUGGGAACCAAGGAAUGGCUAGGCAAUGCAUGGUGUCGGCAAUCUCACGACGACCAAAUAGUGAACCUUCCACUUCAGUCGAGAACGGCUUAUAG